AUGGCAUUUAAAAAAGUAAAGAAUGACACUGGCUUUCUCAAACAAGUUAAGGUGUUUAGCCAGUCACAGGAAAAUGUGGGAAAAGGCAUCAUCAUUGCAGUCUGUCGUAAAACGCUAUUUUGCCUGGACUACAAGAGGAUUCACAGUGAGGACAAACCUUUCACAUGUCAACAGUGUGGAAAGAGUUUCACCUUUCAAUCGAACCUUAACCGGCACAAGAAAACUCACAGUGGGGAAAAGCCACAAGCGUGCCUUCACUGUGACAAGAGUUUCCCAGAUAGAAGUCAACUUAAGGAACACAUGAAAACUCACACUGGAGAGAAACCUUACACUUGUCAUCUGUGUGGAAAGAGUUUCAGAGAUAAACGUGGACUUAAGACUCACAUAAGAAGUCACACUGGAGAGAAACCUUACACUUGUCAUCUGUGUGGAAAGAGUUUCGGAACAAAACCUUACCUUAAAGCACACAUGAGGAUUCACACUGGAGAGAAACCACAUGUGUGCCAUCCGUGUGGAAAAAGUUUUAUAACUGCAGCUGCACUUAAGAAACACACGAUAACUCACACUGGAGAGAAACCUUACACAUGUCAACAGUGUGGAAAGAGUUUCGGAAGAAAAGUUAACCUUAAAGCACACAUGAUGAUUCACACUGGAGAGAAACGACACGUGUGCCAUCAGUGUGGAAAGAGUUUUACAACUGCAGGUAACCUUAAGGUACACGCGAGGAUUCACACUGGAGAAAAACCUUACACUUGUCAUCUGUGUCGAAAGAGUUUCUCUAUUGAAAGUAACUUUAAGGUACACGCGAGGAUUCACACAGGAGAGAAACCAUUUGUGUGCCAAGAGUGUGGAAAGAAUUUUAAAAGUGCAUCUGAACUUAUGAUACACAUGAGGUCUCACACUGGAGAGAAACCAUACACUUGUCAUCAAUGUGGAAAGAGUUUCUCUGCUGAAAGCUACCUUAAAAUACAUGCAAGAAUUCACACUGGAGAGAAACCGUUCUCUUGCCAUGUGUGUGAAAAAUUUUUCAUAAGCCAAAGUAACCUGAUAAUACACAUGAAAGUUCACAAAGCAGAGGAACUUCACACGUGUCUUCAGUGUGGAAAGUGUUUCAGUAUGAAGCGUCACCUUAAGAAACACAUGAUAACUCACAGUGAAAAGAAACCUCACGCAUGUUCUCAGUGUGAAAAGAGUUUCGUAGAUAAACGUGAACUUGAGACUCACAUGAGAAGACACACUGGAGAGAAACCUUACAUAUGUCUUCAGUGUGAAAAAAGUUAUAUAAGUGAAAAAACUCUUAAGACACACAUGAAAGUUCACACUGAAGGAAAACCGUUCACUUGUCAACACUGUGGAAAGAGUUUUACAGUAAAGGGUACUCUUAACACACACAUGAGAAUCCACACUCGAUAGAAACCAUUCAUGUGUCAACAGUGUGGAUAUGACAACAAAGCUUAGAAAUCAGCUGAGGUCUUGUUAAUAAAACUGUCUGGAGGAUCCUUACUAAAAGUCUACAUGCGCACAAAAGGCGAAGAUGUCUGUACUUGUGUUCUUGUAGACUUGUAAAAUGCCAUCAGUCACGACCCAAGUACUGCUCCAUUUCCAACUUUGCAUUGUGCCAAGUUCAAAUAACAUCCCCAGAUGUGUUCUUGAUCUGCUUAUUUUAUUGAGGAUGCAUCAGGAGGUGACUUGUGUGGACUUAUGACAGCCAAGUUUCCCAGAAUGCAUUUUGAGUCAGCGCAAUGAAGCUUAAAACCUGCAAAAUAUUUGAAAUAUUACUCUUUCUGUGUCAUAAAAUGUAGCCGUUUAGGUGGGAUAUAGAUAUGAAUAAACUUUAAAUCUGUGGUCAGUUAGUAAAGAUAGUGCCUAUAUAUUAAAAGAUUUUGAAUAUUUGAGAUCAAGGUGAUCAGCAGGCGGUCAGCGUCGUGUACACCGCCAAGGGCAGCCUUAUUUUGUCAAGUCCUUCUAAAAUGUGCCGCUAGCUCAGUGCAGCUGCUCUGCCCUUCAGUGUCUGAUGGUCAAACAUGAAAUAUACCCUUUGGAUAUAUAGUGAGGAAAAUAAGUAUUUGAACACGCUGCUAUUUUGCAAGUUCUUCCACUUAGCAUGUCCACUUGAGACUUAAUAAAAAAAAUCCAGAAAUCACAUUGUAUAAUUUUUUUUACCUUUUUUGUAUGAUACAGCUGCAAAUAAGUAUUUGAACACCUGAGAAAAUCAAUGUUAAUAUUUGGUACAGUAGCCUUAGUCUACAAUUACAGAGGUGAAACGUUUCCUGUAGUUUCUCACCAGGUUUGCACACACUGCAGGAGGGAUCUUGGCCCACUCAUCCACACAGAUCUUCUCUAGAUCAGUCAGGUUUCUGGCCUGUCGCUGAGAUACACGGAGUUUGAGCUCCCUCCAAAGAUUCUCUAUUGGGUUUAGGUCUGGAGACUGGCUAGGCCAUGCCAGAACCCUGAUAUGCUUCUUACAGACCCAGCCUCGACCCAUCUUCUAUGCUCUAACUGAGGGAAGGAGGUUGUUCCCCAAAAUCUCGCAAUACAGGUCAUCUUGUCCUUAAUACAGUGCAGUCGCCUUGUCCCAUGUGCAGAAAAACACCCCCAAAGAAUGAUGCUACCACCCCCAUGCUUCACAGUAGGGAUGGUGUUCUCGGGAUGGUACUCCUCAUUCUUCUUCCUCCAAAUACGUUUACUGGAAUUAUGACCAAAAAGUUAUAUUUUGGUCUCAUCUGAACACAUGACUUUCUCCCAUGACUCCUCUGGAUCAUCCAAAUGGUCAUUGGCAAACUUAAGAUGGGCCUGGACAUGUGCUGGUUUAAACAGGGGAACCUUCCGUGCCAUGCAUGAUUUCAAACCACGACGUCUUAGUUUAUUAUCAACAGUAACCUUGGAAACGGUGGUCCCAGCUCUUUUCAGGUCAUUGACCAGCUUCUCCUGUGUAGUUCCCACCUUUCUUAGGAGCAUUGAGACCCCACGAGGUGAGAUCUUGCAUGGAGCCCCAGUCCGAGGGAGAUUGACAGUCAUGUUUAGCUUCUUCCAUUUUCGAAUGAUUGCUCCAACAGUGGACCUUUUUUCACCAAGGUGCUUGGCAAUUUCCCCGUAGCCCUUUCCAGCCUUGUGGAGGUGUACAAUUUUGUCUGUAGUGUCUUUGGACAGCUCUUUGGUCUUGGUCAUGUUAGUAGUUGGAUUCUUACUGAUUGUAUGGGGUGGACAGGUGUCUUUAUGCAGCUAACGACCUCAAACAGGUGCAUCUAAUUUAGAAUAAUAAAUGAGGUGGAGGUGGACAUUUUAAAGGUAGACUAACAGGUCUUUGAGGGUCAGAAUUCUAGCUGACAGACAGGUGUUUAAAUACUUAUUUGCAGCUGUAUCAUACAAAUAAAUAAAAAAAUAUAUAUAUAUAUUGUGAUUUUUAGAUUUUUUUAGAUUAUGUCUCUCACAGUGGACAUUCACCUACGAUGACAAUUUUAGACCCCUCCAUAAUUUCUAAGUGGGAGAACUUGCAAAAUAGCAGUGUGUUCAAAUACUUAUUUUCCUCACUGUAGAUAGAUUUUUUUAGAGGGAGUUAUUUCCUCUGAUAUUGUAUUAACAGUUAUUAUUGAAUAGUAUUUACAUUGUUUUCAUUUCAUUAUCAUUGUAUACCUGAGGCUUAAUUGUAACAGUGUGUGACAACUAACCCCGCUCUGUAAAAAUGUUUUCAAUCCCAGCUAUCAGUUAUUAGGAGUUGCUAACAUGU